GUAGAAACCAUGUCCCGGUUAAAAUUGUUUCUAUCAACACUCUGCCUGAGUAUAUUUUUGACCUCAGUGAAUGGUGACUACUACUCGGCCAUCAGUGAGCUGGAGCGACUCCUCGAUGUGGAGGCUUUCAUCAUAGAGAAGUUUGAUGAAUACCUAGAGAGAGCCCAGCAGGAACAGCAGGAAAUUAAGAGGUUCCUUUCUCAAGUAGAGGAGCUGCAACAGAAUCGAGGUGAUCUCGAGGAGUAUUUCGGCAAUCCUCUCAAUGCCUUCACAACCAUUCGAAGGAUGGUUCACGACUGGAAGUUUAAUGUUUUUGAUCACAUUUUGGAAACAAACAACUUUGAGACCUACAAGACUGCUUUGAGUGAAUCUUUGGAGAAGGUAAAUUUCAAGGGACCCACAAAGGAAGAUUUUAAGGGCGCCACUCGUGGUCUGCUUCGCCUGCAAAAAAUCUAUCAGCUGCCCACAGCUCAGCUGGCAGAUGGAUAUCUAUCUGGGGAAGAGAAUCCUUUAAAUGCCACCCUUAGUGCCAGUGAUUGCCUGGAGGUGGGAAAGAAUCUCUGCGAGGUGAAGGAGUAUACCUAUGGCUCCGAGUGGCUUUUGGAGGCCAGAAAGAGAUUCCAUGCUGAACCUUUGGACUUUAUAUCACCAAAUGUGAGCGAGGUGGAGAUUUUGGAGCACCUCUCGCCCGCCUUCAAAGGUUUGGGCAAUCUUAAGCUAGCCCACAAGCUCAACAAUGAGAUACUGGAUAAGGAACACACUCACGAAGAGGCUCUAAAGAGCAGGAUUUUCUAUGAAACUCAGCUAGCCAGAGAGCGAAGUGGAAAAUCUACCAAGCCAGAGGUUGUGCCUCAAAUAUCGGAGAAGGAACUCAAGGAGAGCUUCCAGCUCUACACCCGCGUGUGUCGCGGUGAACUUCGUCCAUCCCCUAGAAAACAGCGUAAACUCAGGUGUUAUCUGAGUCACCAGAAUGUGUCCUACUAUCACCUUUCCCCGUUCAAGAUAGAACAACUUAGCCUGGACCCUUAUGUGGCCUACAUCCAUGAUGUAAUUUCCAAAAGCGAAAUGGAACAGAUCAUGGAGCAUGGCAAAGGAAGCAUGGAGCGUUCCAGGGUGGGUCAAUCGGAGAACGCCACCACCACAGAGAUUCGCACCAGUCAGAAUACCUGGCUCUGGUACGAUGCAAAUCCCUGGCUUUCAAAGAUUAAGCAGCGCCUGGAGGACAUCACAGGACUAAGCACAGAGAGUGCAGAGCCUCUGCAGUUGGUGAACUAUGGCAUUGGGGGUCAGUACGAGCCGCACUUUGACUUUACGGAGACUACCAAGGACUGGAAGGGUAAUCGCUUGCUGACGGCUCUUUUCUAUCUGAAUGAUGUUCCCCUGGGUGGUGCCACCGCCUUUCCCUUCCUUCACUUGGCGGUGCCUCCUGUUAAAGGCAGUCUCCUGGUCUGGUAUAAUCUACAUCGUUCCCUGCACAAGGACUACCGCACAAAGCAUGCUGGCUGUCCUGUCCUUCAAGGCUCCAAGUGGAUUUGCAACGAGUGGUUCCAUGAAGGUGGCCAGGAAUUUAAGCGACCCUGCGGUCUCAGCAGCGAUGAGGGAAAGUUCAAAGAGUUUGAGGAAAAAUAACAUGCCUUUGAAUUCAAUUACUAUUGAAAAAUAUUAAAUGUUUUGUACAAAUACAGUAACUUAAAAUAAGUAAAUCUUUGAACCUUUAAUAUAUUGAAACUUGAAACAUU